CUACGAAGAGCGAAAACCAAGGGUAGGUGAAUCUUUCGACCGUGAACGUGAUGGAUACACUUCGAAACUGUUCGAGUCGUGGCCAGUACGACGAGCUCUAUCGCGAAUCCGUUACUGAGCCAGAGAAAUUUUGGUCCAAACUGGCCAAGGACUUCGUCUGGAGUGCUGACUGGUCUGAUAGUGUGAGCGCCUUCAACUUCAAUACCGACGUCGGAAAAGUUGACGUCUCAUGGUUUGCCGGCGGGAAGACCAACAUUGCGUGGAAUUGCAUCGAACGAAAUAUUGAAAGGGGCUGUGGAGAGCAGGUCGCGUUAAUCUGGGAAGGUAAUGACGUCGGUGAAGAAGGGACAAAAACGUACAGUGAGCUCCAAGCAGAUGUCAAUCGGCUGGCAAACUGGCUGAAAUCGGUCGGAGUUGCUAAGGGUGAUGCUGUUGUACUGUACUUACCUAUGAUUAUGGAACUUCCUAUUGCGAUGCUUGCUUGUGCCCGCAUCGGGGCUGUCCACUCUGUUGUGUUUGCAGGAUUUUCUUCUGAGGCGUUAGCGCAGCGUCUUCUGGGAUCGGCGGCGAAAGUGGUGUUAACAUGUUCAGCUGUGAUGAGAGGUUCGAAACACAUAAAUUUAAAAGCUGUCGUCGACGAAGCAUGUGAUUCCAGUGCCGAAAAGGGUCAUAAAAUUGAACACUGCUUAUGUUUCAUGAACGAGAGGCUUGACGUGGAGGGCUUUCUCACAACUAGUCGUGAUGAACAUUGGCAGCAAGCAGUACAUGCACAAUCCAUGGAGUGCACAACAGAAUGGGUUGAUGCGGAGCAUCCACUCUUCAUGUUGUACACGUCUGGUUCUACAGGCUCCCCGAAGGGCGUCCUCCAUACUACCGGAGGGUACAUGGUUUAUGCUGGAGCUACAUGCGCCUCUGUUUUCAACAUGCAACAAGGUGAUAUAUUUUGGUGCACUGCAGAUUGUGGCUGGAUAACAGGUCAUACGUACGUGACAUAUGGACCACUUCUAAACGGUGCCGCUUCAGUUGUCUUUGAGGGAGUACCGACACAUCCAGAUGCUGGUCGGUGUUGGCAAAUCGUGGACAAAUAUAAUGUGAAAGCAUUCUACACAGCGCCAACUGCGAUAAGAGCGUUGCAGCGAUACGGUAACGACUUUGUUCUCAAACACCAAAGGCUGUCGCUGAAAAUAUUGGGUACAGUCGGAGAACCGAUUAACCCCGAAGCAUGGCAGUGGUACUCCGAGAUCGUCGGAGGUGGACGCUGUCCGAUCGUAGACACCUGGUGGCAAACGGAAACCGGUGGGCAUAUGAUCACUCCACUGCCUUUUGCGAUAGAGCAGAAGCCAGGUUCGGCGACUCUCCCGUUCUUUGGUGUUCAACCAGUAUUACUGAACGAUGCCGGAGAAGAAUUGACAGGAGAGGCCGAAGGGUAUUUGUGUUUCAAGAAACCGUGGCCAUCCAUGUUUCGAACACUUUUUUCGGAUCAUAAAAGGUACGAAGAAGCGUACUUCUCCAUGUUUAAAGGGUACUACUUUUCAGGCGAUGGGGCCAAGCGUGACUCGGAUGGGUAUUAUUGGAUUACCGGACGUGUUGACGAUGUCAUCAACGUGUCUGGUCAUCGUAUCGGCACUGCGGAGGUCGAGUCGGCAUUAGUCACCCAUCAGGAGUGUACUGAAGCCGCUGUAGUGGGAAUUGAUCACGCUAUCAAGGGUCAGUCGAUAUACGCUUUUGUAACGUUGCGCGAAGGUUGUGUUCUCACGGAGGCAACGAAGAAAGCUCUGGUGAACUGUGUGAGGACUGUUAUCGGUCCGUUCGCAGCACCUGAUACUAUUCAAUGGGCGCCAGGAUUACCAAAAACGCGUAGUGGUAAAAUUAUGAGACGCAUCUUGAGGAAAAUAGCGUCUCGAGAAGAAGACUCGUUGGGUGACAUAUCCACUCUAGCUGAUCCUAGCGUUGUGGAUGCCCUUGUGAAAGAGCGAAGUCAAUAGGAUGGGCUUUUCAAGUCGAACAUUCAAGUCAACAAGACGAAAACUUUUUACAAGCUUAAAGGAAAUAUUUAGCGACAUAAACGUGACAUAUCUCACUCAACUGGGUUCUUUAGUUGCGUAAUAUACGAGUGGCAGUAUCAAAGUUGGCGCUGUUCACUUCGUUGCAUUCGUCUCCGAAUUCGUAACCAGGUGUCAAUUUGAAAGUUCGAUGCAUAUCAGACCGAUAAUUCCUAACAUAUUCUGUCCCACUCCUUGAAAUUAUACACAAGUCGACGGAAGAGCCGGAACCGAGAUCAUUUAGUACACCUGCUAGAAUAGCUCGUGUCACUAACUCCUUUGCAUCAUCCAACUUCAAAACCUCACUAUAGCCCGUCUCGAGCGUUGCAAUGGCCGCUAAAGAUCCGCUACCCAUCGCUGCGAACGGUAAAGCAUCAGAGGAUCCGUGGGGGUAGACAGUGUAAAGAUGUGCGCCUUCCUUGUCGACGCCGCCUAAAACUAGUGCGGCGCCAACAUGACCUUGAUAACGGAAAAGAUAGCUUUUAAGCAUAGUGAGCGCAGUCUUCACCAAAUUCUGUCGAUUUGUUUGUGCCCUGUGAAGGUGAAGAUUGGAAGAAAUCAGGCCUAUGUGGUGUUAUUAGAAUAAAUAUUGGAACAAAAUCUCGAACAAUCCGACAACGUUGCAACUCUUACCAGUCAGAGACUCCGUGUCGGCAGCUGUUCCAGCUCCGCA